AGAAUUCAUUACUCGUCGUACUAAGAUCACGUCAAGACCACAAAGAGCAUCUCUGAAGGAUUUCUCUAUUUCCUUUAUUAUUGUCAGAGAUUGUGUAAACAAUGAUUUCAUUUAAUUAACCUCAAAUUAAUUGAUGAAUUUGUAAAUUAAUUUUAUUAAAUCACAGUAUCCUUCGAGGAAGUUGAAGUUUCAGUUAAUUGAGGCUUCAACGAGGAAAAUAUGGGGCGCAAAAAGAGCAAAAGACAAGCCCCAACACGUAAAAAGGCCAUUGAACCACUUGAGACACAAUUCACGUGUCCAUUUUGUAAUCACGAGAAGUCGUGUGAAGUGAAAAUGGACAAACCACGUAAAACUGCUCGGAUAUCUUGCAGAGUUUGCCUAGAAGAUUAUCAAACAUCUGUUAAUAUACUCUCAGAUCCUCUGGAUGUCUACAAUGACUGGAUCGAUGCCUGUGAUGCCGCCAACUGAGUCAUUCUACUCUGUACCUGUUCUACAGAUCAUCGAAACUCAAAAAAAAAAAUGAUAAUUCAAUGAUAACGAAUCAUGGAAUGUAUAUUCGACGUGUGCAAAUGCGUCGAUACUUGAGACUUACACAAGAUUUUUAUUAUGGUAUUUUUAUACAUUGCGUAUACCAUGAACCAUUUAUUAUUCCAUGAUUAUUUGUGAAGGAACUGCAUCAGGAAUUGAUUAAGAGCAUAUAAUUCUUUCUUUAAGGGAAUACGGAUCACGGAAGCUGUGGAAUAUGAAAAUAUAUGUAAUACUAUGUCGAUAUAAUUAUAAUUAUCUGAAAUUUAA